GGUUUUGAGCUUUGAAAACCUGAACACAUCAUUUGUUUUGAGAACACUGUUGCUUUAAAAAACUACUCUUGGCAAAUCCUCUCAAAUCACAUGACUGUAGUCUUGUGACUGGUCUGACACUGGAACGCGUUUAUGUUUUUGCACGAUAGAUAGCUAUAUAGUAGCGGGAAACCCAAUGAUUUGGGGAGAGGAGACGAAAAUAAGCAAAGAUGACCAAGAUUUAAACCAUAAUUGAAUUUCAGAUGCUUUGCAGUCUCUCACUUGUUUGCCGAAUCAACAAGCAGGGAUUUGGGGGAAAAAAAAGUUGGCACUGCACUAUCUAGACGGGCGUUGAUUGAACUUUUACGUUCUUUUUUUCUUUGGUCCUUAUAUGUUUAAUUUGCCUUUGUUGGCAUACAGAAAACACAUAAAAGCAGAAUUCUUGUGUGCCAGUAUUUGAGAAAAAAAAAGUCAGUCAUGGAUAACAAGCCACUUUUGCAAGACAGACCCCCAGCUUAUGCCGCUGUGACUGGGGGCUACCACGAGUAUGGGCAGCAGCAUAAUUAUGGUGCUAUUCCUCCGAAUGCGCCAGCUCCUCCACCUCUUGGAUUCCAUCAGUUACCUCCUCCGUACUACACUGGCGGCCAGGGUGGUGUCCAGCCAGCUGCAGCGAUGCCACCUGUUGCCCAGCAACCAAACCGUUCCAACACGUAUACCAUCAUCCAGCCCUCUGUGGUGGUAGUGGGGGGCUGUCCUGCAUGCAGAGUGGGUGUGCUGGAGGAUGAUUUUACCUGCCUGGGGAUCCUGUGUGCCAUCGUCUUCUUCCCAAUUGGAAUCCUGUUUUGCCUGGCGCUGCGUCAAAGGAGGUGUCCUAAUUGUGGGGCCACCUUCGGUUAAAGGGAUCAAACUGGCUGCCCUGACACCGAGAGUUAAACUUUAGAGUGCUAUACUCUUUUUGUUUUGUUUUUUGUUUUAGAUUUCCUUUUUUACUAUGAUUGUACAUUGAUUAACGAUUUUGUAAAUGCCUCCUACAGUGUUGUCUCAAUUAGCUGUAAUGGACAGGCAAUACAAAAUUGAGCAUGUGAAAAAGUCUUAUUUAAUUUUUGUUCACAUGCAUGUAAUGGCUGAAUAAAUUAUAAUUUUUUUUUUUAAGCUGAAUAAUCAUUAAUUCUUGUUGAAAUCAACACUGCCAGUUGCUUUUGCAGUCAACGGUGCCUUUUGAAAAUGUAAAAAACUAAACAGCUAUAAAUGCUGAAAGUUUUAUUUAUUUAUUUUUCUAUUUCUGAAUCAUGCCAUUAUGUUUAAUAUGCAGUAUACAAUUUUGACUUGGAUGGCACAAUUAAUCUUGGGGUAAAGUUUUUUUUUUUUUAAAUGCAUUCAAAAGAAACCCCAUUCCUAUCCUAAGAUUCUUUGUUUUGUUUAAUUUGUAUUAAGUCUUUUGAUUAAUGUUUAAUAUCAAUAUCGUAUAUAUUUCAGGUUGAGUGAUUUCUUGUUUUUCAGUUAGAAUACACACCAUGAGUUGUAACCCUUGGGCUGGUGGUCAUGCAACUGAAAUUGUGUAAGUUGCAGUUGUUACAUAUAAUGUACGUUUGUGUGUGCGUGUGCAAGAUUGUUAAAAGAAGCACAUUUCUAAAACCCUUUUGUACUGACUGAGUUCGGGUUGGACAUGUGUAACAUUUACUGUGCAAAGUUUACAAGUUAUUGAUUAACUGUGCAAGCUGUAAUACAAAAAAGGAAGAGGGACUUAUAAUAUUAGCUGUUUUGCAAACCACAAGAUAUUUUAAUGACACUUCAUGCAAAUCUCAGGUAUCGCGCUGUUAGAAUCUUUGAAGAACAUCCAUACGUGUCCCAAACUGUUCAUAAACAAACCAACUACUGAUUUUACUGCUGAAUUGCUGAAAGUUGGACCCCACUACUUGAAAACCUCUCCUUUCCAUUGGUAAGACAAUCAGUUUGCUGAACAGGCUAGAACAAAUUUGACGUACACUGUUGGCAACUUGUCAUACAUAUGCAUUGCUGAAGAUGACGACAUGAUGUGUGUUGAUGUUGUAUUUCUAUGUAUUAAAAUGUAUUGUCGAAAAUAACAAUCUGCUUUGCCUGUUGCACACUACAUAUUCUAAAUAAAAUAUCCACUUUUUUAUAUAUACAAAAAAUAAAGUAAAUAAAACCAUGUAAGCAUCAA